UGUGAAUGGACCUCGAGCGGUAGCCGAGCGCAGCCUGUCGCUACGUGAGGCGCCCGGGGCAGGUGGAGGGAGGGACUGCGGGGCCGCUGCGCCUUCCCCCCCCCACGCUGAUUCGGGAGGGUCGGUGCUCGGCCGGUGGCUGCGGUAAAAGCGCCGGCGAGAAAGGAGAUUGGGCGGGAUUCGCCCUGCCCGGCUGCAGCUCCUAGAAGUGCGGACAGAGGGAGGUCCCGAGGGUCGCUCUUCGGCUGCGACAGCGGCUGGCGGUGGAGCCCAGCAGCAGGCCGCUUCAAAAUUGCCUAAACCUUAUUGAAGAAGGUGUUUGCCAACAAUUGAAAGGAAGUUACUACCUUCUAGCUGAAGUUCUUAACGAUGCCAGCUUUAUCAACUGGAUCUAGUGGAGAUGCAGGUCUGUAUGAGCUGCUGGCUUCAUUGCCGGCCCAGCUGCAGCCACAUGUGGACAACCAAGAAGACAUGACCUUCCUCUGGGAUAUGUUUGGUGAAAAAAGCCUUCAUUCUCUGGUAAAGAUUCAUGAGAAAUUGCAUCACUACGAAAAAAAGAGCCCUGUGCCCAUGUUACACGAUGCAUCAGCUUUGGCAGAUGGUCUGGCUGAAGAACUACAGAAUAAACCACUAAACAACGAGAUCAGAGAACUCUUGCAGCUGCUAUCCAAACCCAGUCUCAAGGCUUUGCUUUCUGUGCACGAUAUUGUUGCUGAGAAAAGCUAUGAUCCUGUAUUGCCUCCCAUGCCUGACGAUAUUGAUAAUGAAGAAGAUUCUGUGAAAAUCAUUAGGCUCGUAAAAAAUAGGGAACCUCUAGGAGCUACUAUUAAAAGGGAUGAAACCACAGGAGCUGUUGUUGUGGCUCGGAUAAUGCGUGGAGGAGCGGCAGACCGAAGCGGUCUCAUUCAUGUAGGUGACGAGCUAAAGGAAGUCAAUGGAAUUUCAGUGGCUGAUAAAAAACCAGAAGAAAUUAUACAAAUUCUGUCUCUGUCCCAAGGAGCCAUUACAUUUAAGAUUAUACCCAGUAUCAAAGAAGAAAACUCAUCAAAAGAAGGCAAGAUCUUCAUGAAAGCUCUUUUUGACUAUAAUCCCAGUGAAGAUAAAGCAAUUCCCUGCAAAGAAGCUGGACUUCCUUUCAGAAAAGGUGAUAUUCUUCAAAUCAUGAGCCAAGAUGAUGCAACCUGGUGGCAGGCCAAGCUGGAAAGUGAUGCCAAUCCCAGAGCAGGCUUAGUUCCUUCAAAACACUUCCAGGAAAGGAGACUUGCUUUAAGAAGAUCAGAUGUACAAUUUCGGCCCUUGAAGAUUUCAAAUAAGAAAUCAUCUGGUUUUAGGAGAAGUUUUCGCCUAAGCAGAAAGGAUAAAAAAACAAACAAGACAAUGUAUGAAUGCAAGAAGAGUGAUCAAUAUGACACUGCAGAUGUUCCUACCUAUGAAGAAGUAGCAAAAUAUAGGCGGCAACCUAAUGAAAAAUAUAGACUUAUUGUCUUAGUUGGUCCUGUUGGUGUAGGACUGAAUGAACUAAAACGGAAAUUGUUAAUCAGUGACACUCACCAUUAUGGUGUAACAGUUCCACACACAACAAGACCACGAAGAAGCCAAGAAAGUGAUGGUGUUGAAUACACUUUUAUUUCCAAGCACUUGUUCGAGACAGAUAUACAGAAUAACAAAUUUAUUGAAUAUGGGGAAUAUAAAAAUAAUUAUUAUGGUACCAGCAUUGACUCAGUUAGAGCUGUUCUGGCAAAAAAUAAAGUUUGUUUGUUAGAUGUACAGCCUCAUACAGUGAAGCAUCUAAGGACUUUGGAAUUCAAACCAUUUGUGAUAUUUAUAAAACCUCCAUCAAUUGAGCGUUUAAGAGAGACACGAAGAAAUGCCAAAAUAAUUUCAAGCAAGGACGAAAAAGGUGCUGCCAAGCCUUUUCAAGAAGAAGAUUUUCAAGAAAUGAUUAAAUCUGCCCAGAUUAUGGAAAGUCAGUACAACCAUCUUUUUGACAAAGUUGUCGUGAAUGAUGAUCUUACCACAGCAUACAAUGAAUUGAAAACAAUUUUUGACAAACUGGAGAGAGAAACAUUUUGGGUCCCAGUCAGUUGGGUGCAUUCCUAAUGCUACACAGACGUCUUCAUGGUAAUUAGAUGGGUCCAAGCGGACAUAUUGUUGCUGGGGUCUUUUUUUAGUUAUGACAUGUUAGAUGAACAUUGCAGGAUACGGUUGAUCUUAUUUUUAAUGGAUUAAUAAUACAGUUUUCUAGGCCGCAGAACAAGGGGAAGCCUUAUUUUUAUUUGUUUUCUUGGUUUUUUUAAAAAGCAUCCUCAACUACUAUAAUAUCUUUCAUAAAUAAUUUGCACUCUCCAUGACAUUUCCUUUAAGCUAGGAUUUACUAGAACAUCUUAACAUGCAAGAUCUGUACUAGUACUAUAUCUGAUUUUGGUUAGCACUUGAGAAUAUAUUAUAACUGGAGCAUUUAUUUUUUAAGAAUAUAAAUGUCUAUUUAGUACUGAUCUAUAAUGUAAAAUGCAAAUUUCUCUAUUCAUCUUGACACUGAAUAAAUUUAAGUUACUUUGGUGGGAAAAUUAUUGAAAUUUCUUUUCAAUAAGAAAUAUGUAAUAUUUUAUAUCUUAAGUAUUUGUAUAUUGUCUUGUUGGAUUAAAGACAAUGAGGUUUUCAUUUAAACCAAGCUUGAAAUUGUUUGAAUAAUUCUUACUAAGAAUAAAACAAUGUGGUGGAGGAUCAUAGCCUUUGUAAUUGAGUCAAUUGUAUACAUAUAUUUAUAUAAACGCUUUAUUAAUUUAAAGAUAUAUAUAUAUAAUAUUUCUAAAACUGCCUCUGAGAAGAACCAACCCUGUUUCAGUGCAAAAAACCUGUGAAUCAUUCCCAUUUUACACAUGCCACGAGUGAUUAAUACCUAAAGCUGUAUUCUCUCAAAUGAAGAAAGAAACUUUAAAAUUUUCUGUUAACAUCAAAUUAGUUACUGGAUAAAGAGAAAUAUAUGUUACGUGUUAGUGAAUCUGUCUUACCAAGAGUAUGUGAUAAUUUUACAUCAUAACCUUAGUAUGCAAAGAAGAAGCUCCGUUAUUUUAUGCUAACAUAUAAAAUGUUAGCGUCUUAUAUAAAGGUAAAGGAAUUUAGGAAUGAAUAUAU